AUGAAGAGAUCGAUCCGUCAACACCUCGUUCGUACAUUGAUCUGCUGGCCAGAGCGAAAAAGAGGGCUGAAAGAAAACGUGAAAGAAAUGAAUCUCCUCGACCAAAUGUAUAUGGACUUAGUUGGUGCUGACUACAACUACUCGAGCCUUCGCUUUCAGUACAAGGCAAGCCCAUCCAGCACAUUACGAAAAGAACAAAGCGCAGCUGCAGUUAACAACUUGAAGCGUAUCCUUCCUGAGCGAAAGCCGCUGAACUUUCAACAACGACUACCUCUACCAAAAGUUGUACGCAACUACAUACCUCAGCCAAGUUACAAACUUGGUACUCGUCGACUCGUCGACCAGCCUCCAAAUUUAGGUGAGGACAUACUGUAAAA